AUGGAUCACGCGGCUUGCAGCGCGCGCUCGCUCGGCCUUCCAAGGUUCGGCGGCUUGGUGGGGGGAUCGGGAACACGCGGAGGCUGGUCCUUCUUCCGCCCCCCGCGACCCGGCGGCGGCGACGGAAGUGGAGCGACGAGCGGCGGGCAGAGCGGGCACGGUGGGUUUGGCGCGCAAGGAGGUGGCGGGAUGAGCGGACAAACGGGUAGUGCGGGCGGAGGAGGCAUGGGCGGAGGAGGUAUGGGCGGAGGAAGUAUGGGCGGUGGAGGUAUGGGCGGAGGUAUGGGCGGAGGGGGAAUGGGCGGAGGAGGCAUGGGAGGAGGAAGCAUGCGCGGAGGAGGCAUGGGCGGAGGAGGCAUGGGCGGUGGAGGCAUGGGCGGCGGAGGCAUGGGUGGAGGAGGCAUGGGCGGCGGAGGCAUGGGCGGAGGGGGAAUGGGCGGAGGAGGCAUGAGCGGAGGAGGUAUGGGCGGAGGAGGCAUGAGCGGAGGAGGCAUGGGCGGUGGAGGCAUGGGCGGAGGAGGCAUGGGCGGCGGAGGCAUGGGCGGAGGAGGCAUGGGCGGAGGAGGCAUGGGCGGAGGAGGCAUGGGCGGAGGAGGCAUGGGCGGCGGAGGCAUGGGCGGAGGAGGCAUGGGGGGAGGCAGCGGGUCAUCGGGUGGGAGUGCCAUGUCUCCUUUCCAUCACUUGUUCAUUUCCAUCUCUUCUUCUGCCCCCGUGUCUCCUUUCCAUCACUUGUUCAUUUCCAUCUCUUCUUCUGCCCCCGUGUCUCCUUUCCAUCACUUGUUCAUUUCCAUCUCUUCUUCUGCCCCCGUGUCUCCUUUCCAUCACUUGUUCAUUUCCAUCUCUUCUUCUGCCCCCGUGUCUCCUUUCCAUCACUUGUUCAUUUCCAUCUCUUCUUCUGCCCCCGUGUCUCCUUUCCAUCACUUGUUCAUUUCCAUCUCUUCUUCUGCCCCCGUGUCUCCUUUCCAUCACUUGUUCAUUUCCAUCUCUUCUUCUGCCCCCGUGUCUCCUUUCCAUCACUUGUUCAUUUCCAUCUCUUCUUCUGCCCCCGUGUCUCCUUUCCAUCACUUGUUCAUUUCCAUCUCUUCUUCUGCCCCCGUGUCUCCUUUCCAUCACUUGUUCAUUUCCAUCUCUUCUUCUGCCCCCGUGUCUCCUUUCCAUCACUUGUUCAUUUCCAUCUCUUCUUCUGCCCCCGUGUCUCCUUUCCAUCACUUGUUCAUUUCCAUCUCUUCUUCUGCCCCCGUGUCUCCUUUCCAUCUCUUGUUCAUUUCCAUCUCUUCUUCUGCCCCCGUGUCUCCUUUCCAUCACUUGUUCAUUUCCAUCUCUUCUUCUGCCCCCGUGUCUCCUUUCCAUCACUUGUUCAUUUCCAUCUCUUCUUCUGCCCCCGUGUCUCCUUUCCAUCACUUGUUCAUUUCCAUCUCUUCUUCUGCCCCCGUGUCUCCUUUCCAUCACUUGUUCAUUUCCAUCUCUUCUUCUGCCCCCGUGUCUCCUUUCCAUCACUUGUUCAUUUCCAUCUCUUCUUCUGCCCCCGUGUCUCCUUUCCAUCACUUGUUCAUUUCCAUCUCUUCUUCUGCCCCCGUGUCUCCUUUCCAUCACUUGUUCAUUUCCAUCUCUUCUUCUGCCCCCGUGUCUCCUUUCCAUCACUUGUUCAUUUCCAUCUCUUCUUCUGCCCCCGUGUCUCCUUUCCAUCACUUGUUCAUUUCCAUCUCUUCUUCUGCCCCCGUGUCUCCUUUCCAUCACUUGUUCAUUUCCAUCUCUUCUUCUGCCCCCGUGUCUCCUUUCCAUCACUUGUUCAUUUCCAUCUCUUCUUCUGCCCCCGUGUCUCCUUUCCAUCACUUGUUCAUUUCCAUCUCUUCUUCUGCCCCCGUGUCUCCUUUCCAUCACUUGUUCAUUUCCAUCUCUUCUUCUGCCCCCGUGUCUCCUUUCCAUCACUUGUUCAUUUCCAUCUCUUCUUCUGCCCCCGUGUCUCCUUUCCAUCACUUGUUCAUUUCCAUCUCUUCUUCUGCCCCCGUGUCUCCUUUCCAUCACUUGUUCAUUUCCAUCUCUUCUUCUGCCCCCGUGUCUCCUUUCCAUCACUUGUUCAUUUCCAUCUCUUCUUCUGCCCCCGUGUCUCCUUUCCAUCACUUGUUCAUUUCCAUCUCUUCUUCUGCCCCCGUGUCUCCUUUCCAUCACUUGUUCAUUUCCAUCUCUUCUUCUGCCCCCGUGUCUCCUUUCCAUCACUUGUUCAUUUCCAUCUCUUCUUCUGCCCCCGUGUCUCCUUUCCAUCACUUGUUCAUUUCCAUCUCUUCUUCUGCCCCCGUGUCUCCUUUCCAUCACUUGUUCAUUUCCAUCUCUUCUUCUGCCCCCGUGUCUCCUUUCCAUCACUUGUUCAUUUCCAUCUCUUCUUCUGCCCCCGUGUCUCCUUUCCAUCACUUGUUCAUUUCCAUCUCUUCUUCUGCCCCCGUGUCUCCUUUCCAUCACUUGUUCAUUUCCAUCUCUUCUUCUGCCCCCGUGUCUCCUUUCCAUCACUUGUUCAUUUCCAUCUCUUCUUCUGCCCCCGUGUCUCCUUUCCAUCACUUGUUCAUUUCCAUCUCUUCUUCUGCCCCCGUGUCUCCUUUCCAUCACUUGUUCAUUUCCAUCUCUUCUUCUGCCCCCGUGUCUCCUUUCCAUCUCUUGUUCAUUUCCAUCUCUUCUUCUGCCCCCGUGUCUCCUUUCCAUCACUUGUUCAUUUCCAUCUCUUCUUCUGCCCCCGUGUCUCCUUUCCAUCACUUGUUCAUUUCCAUCUCUUCUUCUGCCCCCGUGUCUCCUUUCCAUCACUUGUUCAUUUCCAUCUCUUCUUCUGCCCCCGUGUCUCCUUUCCAUCACUUGUUCAUUUCCAUCUCUUCUUCUGCCCCCGUGUCUCCUUUCCAUCACUUGUUCAUUUCCAUCUCUUCUUCUGCCCCCGUGUCUCCUUUCCAUCACUUGUUCAUUUCCAUCUCUUCUUCUGCCCCCGUGUCUCCUUUCCAUCACUUGUUCAUUUCCAUCUCUUCUUCUGCCCCCGUGUCUCCUUUCCAUCACUUGUUCAUUUCCAUCUCUUCUUCUGCCCCCGUGUCUCCUUUCCAUCACUUGUUCAUUUCCAUCUCUUCUUCUGCCCCCGUGUCUCCUUUCCAUCACUUGUUCAUUUCCAUCUCUUCUUCUGCCCCCGUGUCUCCUUUCCAUCACUUGUUCAUUUCCAUCUCUUCUUCUGCCCCCGUGUCUCCUUUCCAUCACUUGUUCAUUUCCAUCUCUUCUUCUGCCCCCGUGUCUCCUUUCCAUCACUUGUUCAUUUCCAUCUCUUCUUCUGCCCCCGUGUCUCCUUUCCAUCACUUGUUCAUUUCCAUCUCUUCUUCUGCCCCCGUGUCUCCUUUCCAUCACUUGUUCAUUUCCAUCUCUUCUUCUGCCCCCGUGUCUCCUUUCCAUCACUUGUUCAUUUCCAUCUCUUCUUCUGCCCCCGUGUCUCCUUUCCAUCACUUGUUCAUUUCCAUCUCUUCUUCUGCCCCCGUGUCUCCUUUCCAUCACUUGUUCAUUUCCAUCUCUUCUUCUGCCCCCGUGUCUCCUUUCCAUCACUUGUUCAUUUCCAUCUCUUCUUCUGCCCCCGUGUCUCCUUUCCAUCACUUGUUCAUUUCCAUCUCUUCUUCUGCCCCCGUGUCUCCUUUCCAUCACUUGUUCAUUUCCAUCUCUUCUUCUGCCCCCGUGUCUCCUUUCCAUCACUUGUUCAUUUCCAUCUCUUCUUCUGCCCCCGUGUCUCCUUUCCAUCACUUGUUCAUUUCCAUCUCUUCUUCUGCCCCCGUGUCUCCUUUCCAUCACUUGUUCAUUUCCAUCUCUUCUUCUGCCCCCGUGUCUCCUUUCCAUCACUUGUUCAUUUCCAUCUCUUCUUCUGCCCCCGUGUCUCCUUUCCAUCACUUGUUCAUUUCCAUCUCUUCUUCUGCCCCCGUGUCUCCUUUCCAUCACUUGUUCAUUUCCAUCUCUUCUUCUGCCCCCGUGUCUCCUUUCCAUCACUUGUUCAUUUCCAUCUCUUCUUCUGCCCCCGUGUCUCCUUUCCAUCACUUGUUCAUUUCCAUCUCUUCUUCUGCCCCCGUGUCUCCUUUCCAUCACUUGUUCAUUUCCAUCUCUUCUUCUGCCCCCGUGUCUCCUUUCCAUCACUUGUUCAUUUCCAUCUCUUCUUCUGCCCCCGUGUCUCCUUUCCAUCACUUGUUCAUUUCCAUCUCUUCUUCUGCCCCCGUGUCUCCUUUCCAUCACUUGUUCAUUUCCAUCUCUUCUUCUGCCCCCGUGUCUCCUUUCCAUCACUUGUUCAUUUCCAUCUCUUCUUCUGCCCCCGUGUCUCCUUUCCAUCUCUUGUUCAUUUCCAUCUCUUCUUCUGCCCCCGUGUCUCCUUUCCAUCACUUGUUCAUUUCCAUCUCUUCUUCUGCCCCCGUGUCUCCUUUCCAUCACUUGUUCAUUUCCAUCUCUUCUUCUGCCCCCGUGUCUCCUUUCCAUCUCUUCUUCAUUUCCAUCUCUUCUUCUGCCCCCGUGUCUCCUUUCCAUCACUUGUUCAUUUCCAUCUCUUCUUCUGCCCCCGGACCUUGA